AUGAGUUCCUCAGAGAGUAUAGGGGAAGUGGUCCAAAGCGACCCAACUGAUUCUAGUAAGGAGCAGUCCCCUGCUACGUCUAUCAAAGAAUCUCCGAGCCAGCGGCCUGUACGUGGCUUCCAAUGGUUCUUAGUCUGCGCGUCUCUCUAUAUUGGAGCUCUCAUCUACGGUCUUGAUACCACCAUUGCUGCAGACAUUCAAGCGGCUAUUGUGGAACAAUUCGAUGAUUUUGAACGUCUCACUUGGGUCGGUACGGCAUUUCCUCUUGGAUCAGUCUGCGCUAUUCUACCCAUUUCCGCCUUGUUCAACAACUUCAACCUCAAGCCUCUUUUCAUCGGAAGUAUAUUGCUUUUCGAAAUUGGUUCUGCAGUCUGCGGUGCUGCACCAAGCAUGGAUGCACUGAUUGUGGGCAGAGCAAUUGCUGGUGUAGGCGGCGCUGGCAUCUUUCUUGGUAUUCUCAACUAUUUCUCCCUCUGCACUUCCGAAAAAGAACGUGGUCGCUAUAUCUCAGGAACUGGUGUGGUCUGGGGAACGGGUGCUGUCCUGGGCCCCGUCGUAGGAGGCGCAUUCUCUACGUCCUCUGCGACAUGGAGAUGGGCAUUCUAUAUCAAUCUUGUCGUUGCGGCCGUAUGUGCACCAGCGUACAUCUUCUAUCUCCCUCCAGUAAAGCCACCCGGCGCAUCAAACACCUCUGUUUUCUCAAGGCUCAAAGCUCUGGACUGGGUGGGCUUUAUUGGAGGCACUGGAGCAUUGGUAUCAUUCGUGAUGGCUUUGACUUUUGCAGGCUCGAUUUGGGCCUGGAAUGACGGCCGUACAAUUUCGACUUUUGUAGUCGCUGGUGUGCUUCUCAUCUUCGUGCUUCUCCAGCAAUACUUUGUUAUAUUUACCACCCGCCCAGCCCGCAUGUUUCCACCACGCGAUAUACUCGGAAACAAAGAACUCAUACUAUUGAACAUUGUUACUGCGGCGGGCGCGACUAACAUCUACGUGCCGGUUUACUACAUUCCUGUCUAUUGCUCCUUCGUGCAUGGAGACAGUGCCCUCAUGGCUGCUGUCCGCUUACUUCCAUAUAUUUGCUUCCUUGCAUCUAUGAAUAUGUUUUCAGGUGCCCUCCUUCCACGUAUCAGCUAUUACUGGGCAUUGUACUUAUUUGGCGGUAUCCUCAUGUUGACCGGCAGCGCCGCUAUGUACACUAUCAACAUUGAUACCGACAUGUCAAAUGUCUACGGAUACAGCGUUCUUCUUGGAGCUGGCACCGGCUUGAUAUUCCAGGCUGGUUACACCGUGGGUGGCGUCAAGACCAUGAUGAGAACUGGCUCGGGUGCAGAUGUGCAGCGUGUCAUUUCGAUGCUCAACCUGUCCCAACUUGGCUUUCAGAUGGGUAGCUUGCUCAUCGGUGGUCAGAUAUUUCAGAGUUUGGCGAUGAAAAAUCUUACUCGCGUCCUGAAUGGUCAAGGCUUCUCUCAAGAACAAAUCAGGGGCGCGGUUGCAGGCACUGCGAGCACCCUUUUUGGCUUGCUGAGCCCUGACUUGAAGCAAGCAGCUAUCUCAGCUAUUGUUGAUGCUAUUAGCAAAGUUUACAUUAUCAGUGUUGCGGCCGGCGCGAUCACGAUUGUUUGUGCAGUGGUUAUGAAAAAGGAGAGGCUCUUCCCCAAGGAGGCAGCACCCAACAUGGUCCUUGCAGGCGGAGUUUGA